UCGACGGAGAGGAACGAUGGCUGAAUUCAGACGGAUUCAAAUAACUUUAUUUGUGAUUCUGAUGCUCCAGUUUACAGCAGUAGCUGGACAAAACCCCCUCUCCUUCACUGUCAGAGCUGGAGAUGAAGUCACUCUGCCUUGUGAAAAUGGGAUAAAUCAGGACUGUAGUAGCACUACUUGGCUUUCUAGUCGUAAAGGGGAAACAACAACAGUAGUGCUGAUAGAGCAUGGGCAGAUUAAAGAUGUGAUUCCCAAAGCUAAACCAGACAGACUGAGUCUUAGAGAGAAAUGUUCUCUGGUUAUAAAGAAUGUCACAGAGGAGGAUGUUGGUCGUUACACCUGCAGACAGUUCUACAGAUCAGGACAACAACAAGGUCCAGAUACUGUGGUUCAUCUGUCUGUUGUCAACAUGGAAGAACAGAAGAACACUGAUGAUACAGUCACCUUGUUCUGCUCUGUGUUGACAUAUUAUGAGUGUGACCACUCAGUGAAGUGGCUGUAUGAGGGUGAUGAGAAUGACGUGAAGAUAACACCUCAUACCUGUGCAGCCAGUGUGUCAUUUCCUCCUCAUCUUCAUCAGAAGUUACUGAAGUGUAACGUGACAGAUAAGAAGAAUGGAAACACUCUGCUGUGUAAUGUCGGCCCCCAGUCCUCUCAUAAGAAAACAGUUUCAGACAGGGAAGCAAACGCAGUGAAUGGGAACACUAAAGGCGAUGGUGGUGCGGAUGGUGUGGCUGACAUAGUUGAGGAGGUAUUGCCGGGGCCGAGCUCGGCUGUGGCGGUGACGGCUGCGGGUGUUCCCGGUGAGAGUGUGGUUGUGAGCACUCGGAGACGAUACACACCACUACACUUUGAGAGCCUACCAAAGGUGUCAGAGGAGGCCAAUAAUGGUCUUGAAGGGGUGCUGACCCUGGAAGAGCUUUAUAAGGCCCUGCAAAGCAUGGAGUCUGGGAGGGCCCCAGGAAUGGAUGGCCUCCCGAUUGACUUCUAUAAGGCUUUUUGGUUGGAAAUGGGUGUAGAUCUGCUGGAGGUUCUCAGGGGUAUCAGACAAGUUGCCCCUUGUCUGGAAUGUUGUAUUCCUUGGCUAUUGAGCCAUUGCUUCAACAGAUAA